AUGAGAAAUACUUGGUCGAAACUGGCAAGAAGAGACCCGAAGGCAUUGUCUACAAAAUCUAAACUACGAGUAUACUUCUGUGAAGAUUACUUUGAUCUGGAAAAUGACAUGGACACACAAUAUAAGAUUAUAGGUUCCGUUAAACGAAUUCGAAUGAAACCGAACUGCACACAAUCCAGAUUUGAAUGCCAGGUAGAUAGAAAACGCAAGUCCACUCCGAACAAACCUCGGAAUGCCUUUAUUAAACGGCAAAGAAUGUCUACAAUUAAAGAGAUUAAAGACACCAUGAAAAAUGAGGAGAAAUAUGUGAAAUCAUUACCAUCAUUUAGUCAAGAUUUUCCGAUGCUUCAAAAUAAGUGUGAUAAAGCAGUCCAAGUAGUACCAGCCCAGGAACAUAAAUCCAUUCAAGUCUGUUGGAUGAUACACUACCGAAGUAAAUACGUGCAGAGUAGUUUAAGAAAUAAAGACAGCAAGACAUCACCGUUGAAGGCAACUGUAGCUAAACGUACUGCAACGUCACCCUUUAAAAUGUCCAAGAAAAGUACAAUCAAGCUAUCAUCCGUAAAAAGAAAACUGAAUUUUGUUGAAAAUAAAUAUGAGAGUGAUGAGUCAUAG